AAAAAGAAAAGGUAUCUAAUGGGAAAGCAAGAGGAAGUGAAGUUGCUUGGGAUAUGGGCGAGUCCUUUCAGCCGUCGGAUCGAGAUGGCUCUCAAACUCAAAGGCGUACCGUACGAUUACUUAGAGGAAGAUCUCGAGAACAAGAGUUCUUUGCUUCUUGCCCUCAAUCCUAUACAUAAGAAGAUCCCUGUUCUUGUUCACAAUGGUAAAACCAUUAUCGAAUCGCAUGUGAUUCUUGAAUACAUCGAUGAGACUUGGAAACACAAUCCCAUUCUUCCUCAGGAUCCCUUCCACAGAUCCACGGCUCGAAUCUUUGCUAAGCUCGUCGAUGAACAAAUUGUUAAUUUGGGAUUUAUCUCACUCGCAAAAACAGAAAAGGGAAGAGACGUUUUAAUCGAGAAGACAAGAGAACUGAUUAAAUGUCUCGAGAAGGAACUCGCCGGAAAUGAUUACUUUGGUGGCAAGACUGUUGGAUAUUUGGAUUUAGUCGCAGGAAGUAUGAUCCCGUUUUGUCUGGAGAGAGCUUGGGAAGGAAUGGGAGUGGAAGUUAUUACAGAGAAGAUGUUUCCACGAUACAAGAAAUGGGUAAAGAAGCUAGAAGAGGUUGAGAUUGUAAGGGAUUGUAUUCCCCCAAGAGAGAAACAUAUUGAACACAUGAACAUUAUGGGGGAGAAACUCAAAUCUGUUUAGGGCAUCUCCAAAGGCAACUUCAAAUCUUCAAAUAUGAGGUUUUGUUCAUUCCAAAGGCAACCUUAAAACUUUAAAUUUUGAGGUUUUUGAACAGUGAAACCUUAUAUUUGAGGUUUUACUAUUCAAAAUGAGGUUGCAACUUUUUGUAUUUUAAUUCUUACAAUUAUAUACUUCAUAAAUAAUCAUUUCUUUUU